AUGUAUUCGUCUAAGUACAGCUUUAAUCAUCCAUCGAAAGUCAUGAUUACUUGGGAAGUUUCGUCUACUGCUUCGGGUUUUGAUAACCAGGCUUAUGCUCACGAGUUAAGAUCUAUGUUGAAUUCAUAUCGCCAGGAUAUGGAUCAAAAAGAGAUAUCUGAUUAUCGUUAUCCAUGCAAGUUACUUAUGGAUCUUGCUAUCGACGAGUGGACAUUGCCGACAUAUAAUCCUGUAAUCGAAGGUUCUGAUCAUGUUGAUUCGAGCGAUCAUGCUCACAAGACCUUUCUUUGGGAUUUUGCGAGGAAGGCUUGGAUUAUAAAUAAAGAAUCUAAUGGUUUCAAUGAAGAUAAUGAGUCUGAUGAUAUCGAGGUGCUAUCUGGCCGUGGUACUGAUGGUGAUUAUGGUUUUGAGGAUUACAUGGGGUUUGAUUCCGAGUCGCACGAUGAUACCGAUGAUAUGGACCAAACAGAUGAAUACGAUUCUGAAGAUGGUUUUAUUGACGACGGUGAGUCUUGUGAAGGAUCUGAUGGUUCAAGUGAUAACUCGGAAGGUGAUAGUGAUGAUGGUGAUGAUGAAGAUGAAGAUGAUGACGAUGCUGAUUCGACUGAUGAUGAUGAGGAUGAUGAUGAAGAUGUUAUGUUGGAUGAUGAGACUGAGAGUGACGAUGAUAGUGAAUAUCACCAAAACGUCGAACCGAAUGAUAUACUCAUCGAAAAGAAUAUUAGUAUAUCGGGACACCAGAAUUCGGUGUGUACUUAUACAGUUUCUCUUGGUUCAAUGUGUUUUGGAGGGUGUGUGUCCCGUUGGAGACCUUCCAAAGAUGGUUGUACUAUCUUUGUUAAGGUUUUACAGAUGGGUGCAUAUGGUAAUUUUGAAACGUUCUUCCCUGGAGCUCAUAUUAUCGGAUGA